AUGGAUUCUGAAGACUAUCAUUUCAAGUUCCGCAUUGUCAUUUUAGGUACCAUUCUUAUGUAUGUUAAGGUGAGAAAUCAGUUGGAAAAUCAACCUUUUUAGAUGGUAAAUUAAAUCAUAAAAUUUAAAGUAUUGGCAAUCACCUUCGGCAAGAUAAUAGAAUAGGAAGCAUCAGAUGAAUUGAAUUUGAAGACUGUGGGUUACAUGGAUGACGACACUCUCUACAAGAUAGCAUAUUGGGAGAAUCCCUGGCAAGCAUCGUAGUCCUGA